UAAUAAAUAUAUUUAGUACAAAAUACUUUUAGACUUUUACUCAAGUAGUAUUUUACUGGGUGACUAACUUUUUCUUGAGUCACUUUAUAAUAAGGUAUCUAUACUUUUACUCAAGUAUGACAGUUGGGUUUGUGGGCCACGCACCCAUUGGAUAUAAGACACUAGAACCAUUACAAUUCUACAAAUUGUGGUAAUGUUAUUUUUCCAGCAGGGUUUCCAUGAUUCAGUUUAGCACAGUUGGCAAACAACAGCUGGGAGAGAGCACCAAAGCAGGUUAGGGUCUCAUGUACUCCGUCAACACGCUGGGACUAUUCCGUUAACACGCUGGGACUAUUCCGUUUGAGACUCGGGACUCAGACUCGGGGCUUCAUGCGGGCCGAGCUCUUCCGAGUCCAGCAUAAUCAUAUUACUCUAGGCUGAGGCUAAUGGUACUCGGGUCGAGUCCACUUCAGCUUAUCUGGCACGAUUAAUGUCUUCAGGAGUUGGGUCAUUUUAGAUUUUUAUCCUGCAGGUGAUGGAACACCAAUAAAUAAAUACAAAUAUUUUUUUUAUUUCACCUCCAUCGAAUUGGCUAGGUCAUUAGCAAGCAAUAUUUUGUGACAGUCUCUGUGGCCCAAUCAGAGAUGGUCCCUAAUUUAUAGGAUCUCUGAUGCUUUAAAUGCUUUUGAUUUUACUACAGGCUAUGGCAAUGCUUUUUGUAGUUGCAGUCCACCGAAUUGAAAAGUGCACAUUCACUUCCAAAGCAUUUGUUCUAGGCUACCAGCAUGUAAGAUAAAUAUGCACAAUAAUACAGGAUAUCCUUACAAAAAUGCACUGUUGUUAAAAUGCAGUGAAACUGCAGUUUAAUUACAUUAUGUUUUUAAAUGAAGAAUAUCUGGUGGCUUGCUGUGUGGCUUCUAAUGGUAAUCAUUUGUUUAUUUUGCUGUGCAUUUUCUUCUGUUCCACUGAAUGCAAUUUCGAUUUUCGAAACUAAAUUUGUUUUCAGAAUUCAACAAAAUACACGUAGGCCUAUAUAUUUUUAUUUCAAUAUCCUAAUACAAUCCACCAAUAUUUAUAAACCCCUAUUUGUAAUCUAUUUAUUUCCAUCAAUAAUUAGUAAAAAAAAAAAAGAUUUAUUUUCAGGGUCAAAUUCCGGUGCAAUCUAUGUUUUCCUUUAAAGCUUUUGAGCAAUUCAAAUUACUGCACACAUUGUUAUUUUAAUUUCAGUAGCUAAAUGAAGAGGUAGGCAUAUCUGGUCCAACUCAAAUUUGGAUUGGAAUCUGUGCCUUGCUCGCAGCAAUGCAUGUCUGUGCGCCUCGCAGGCAGCCUGCUUGCUCAAGUGUCAACACAGCUGGAAGACAAUGACUGUUUCUCGAAAUGUACACAAAAAACGUUUUACUUUUGUAAGUAGAGCGGCGGUUUGUUGGGGAGAAUAAUGUCAAGGAAAGUGUUUCUACAAAGCUAGCGUUAGCUGGAUAUUUUUAGCUAGCUCUCUAGCUAAUCCUCCAUGGACGUGUAAUCUUCUAGUUUGGAUGGAGGAGGGGAACAAAGGGAAGGAGUACAGCAGUUAUCCAGCUUGCUGACUAAGAAAUCAGUCCUUGGCCACCCACUUAGUUACCAAUGACCUAUUCUGCCACGUCCCAGGAAAAUAAGAGAGCAGAACCACCCCUUAAGUCCAUAGUCAUUGACAGUAAGUUCAGUGUGCAAGAUGUUUUAUUUUUUUCCCUUCUUUGAUAUUCUGAUCUUUAAUGUGUAUUGAUUCCUACUAACCACAUUGGUAAGAGCUUGGUUUGUACUAGCUAUGCUGAUGAUCAUUAAAGUUUUCUCUUUGCAUCAGGUCUCGGCUGAUCUUAGUUUGCGAAACCCUUGUGUCCUGAUUCCACACAGACCUCCCUUGACUGCCAAGCUGUCCUCAAUUGGGGGAUCUUCUGUCUGGGAUAAUGUCCUCGGGAUUAUGAAGCAGUGUGUUUUAUAAAAUGUUGUUUGAAUAUUACAACAUGUAUUCAAUUAAGCAUAACUUCACCAUUUAGAGAUGAGUUUUAAAAAACAACUACUGUCUACUUUUGGUAUCGUCUUUCUUAGUGUUUCGGAUUGAUGAACAAUGAAGUAAUGUCCCACUUCAAUAUGAAGGGACAGAGAAGCAAACAUGCCUUUGCUGUCACUUGUUUGUGCUCCAUUGUACUUGCAAGUGUCAUGAAAAGCCUGAAAACUCAGGAAGUUGAUGUGUUACGGGCCAGUCCUAAAAUGUGUCCUGGACUGUCAUGGUGGAGAACGGCGCAAAGUCUGACACGUCUCAUUAGUCUUCAAGAGGACCACUACGAUCCAGAUCGCCUUCUCUGCUCUAAGGUAUGGUGCAGAAACUGGACCAGAAGCUCCCUGUGGCCAACGAGUACCUACUGUUGUCAGGUGGCGUGCGAGAGGGUGUGGUCGACAUGGACCUAGACGAGCUGAGCGUCUACGCCCGCGGCACCGACUAUGACAUGGACUUUACCCUCCUCGUGCCUGCGCUCAAGUUGCACGACCGCAACCAGCCGGUGACUUUGGACAUGCGCCACUCAGCCCUGUGCCACUCGUGGCUGAGCCUGCGCCUCUUCGACGAGGGCACCAUCAACAAGUGGAAGGACUGCUGCACCAUGGUAGACCACAUCAACGGCGCCACCAACUACUUUUUCUCACCCACGCUGGUGGCUGACUGGUUCUACGAGUCCAUCAGUGUGGUCCUGGUGGAGAUCCAGAAGAAGCCCCAGCGCGGCAUGCCCCGCGUGGAGAAGGUGGAGCGGAACGGCACCAUCAUCUCCGUCAUCCUGGGCGUGGGCAGCAGCCGCAUGCUCUAUGACAUCUUGCCUGUGGUCUCCUUCAAGGGAUGGCCGGCGGUGGCCCAGAGCUGGCUGAUGGAGAACCACUUCUGGGACGGCAAGAUCACAGAGGAGGAGGUGAUCAGCGGCUUCUACCUGGUGCCUACCUGCUCCCACAAGGGCCGUAAGGAGAAUGAGUGGCGCCUGUCGUUCGCCCGCAGCGAAGUGCAGCUCAAGAAGUGCAUCUCGGCCAGCCUGAUGCAGGCCUACCAGGUGUGCAAGGCCAUCAUUAUCAAGCUGCUGUCAAGGCCCAAGGCCAUCAGCCCCUACCACCUGCGCAGCAUGAUGCUGUGGGCCUGCGAUCGGCUCCCCGCCACCUACCUGUCCCAGGAAGACUUCUCAGCCCACUUCCUGCUAGGCCUCAUCGACGACCUGCAGAACUGCCUGGUCAACAAGAUGUGCCCCAACUACUUCAUCCCGCAGUGCAACAUGCUGGAACACCUUUCGGAUGAGAUGGCCAUGCUCCACGCCCGCAAGCUCAGCUCGGUGCGCUCCGACCCGGCCGAGCACCUGCGCACCACUAUCGAGCAUGCCAAGGCGGCCAACCGGCUGACCCUGGACCUGCAUUGGCGCGGCAGCGUCUUAAACCUGCCGUCGCCACAGUCGGACGCGGGCGGCGAGCACCAGCCAGAUGACCGAUUGGCUAAGAAGCUGCAGCAGUUGGUGAUGGAGAACCCCGGCAAGUCCAUCUCGGUGUUCAUCAACCCCGACGAUGUGACGCGGCCGCACUUCCGCAUCGACGACAAGUUCUUCUGAGACUUCAAAAUAGAAAAAUACUACUUUCCCCCUCCCACGGCACCAAUUCUUCUCCCCUUUGACUAGAUUGGUCGAGUCAUCAAAUUAGUCGGUUUCCCAAGUAACGGUCGCCACAGAGCGUUGUGAGGUGCUUUUGUCCAAUAGUGUCUUCCCAUUUUGUUUCUCUGUCCCUGACACCUGUCCCCACACCCCACCAACCCUAACCCUGUCACCUUUAGAAGGGCUUUACAGGACUACAUGAAACAGGUGGAAGAAGAGGUACUGCGUCUUGCCUCGGAUGGUUAAGGAAUGUCUUAGUCCCUGUAGGGGAACUGAUGGUACUAACGCCAUAACUGUACAUAGAGUUGAGUGGAUAUGUGUGUGUGGACUUUGAUCUUAUUUUGCACAGAAUGUAGAGGCACACAGUUAUCAUGUUGGAAGUGCUAUGAAGUGAAGUCUGAAAUGUUGCUUAUCUUUUAGGAAGGCAAUUUCAAUGGUCUUUUUUUUCCUCCACUGGGCUAAAUGCUCUGAAUUUAUACCUACUGGUUUAGAGUAUGUUUAGAGCUGUUAUUCCAAUAAUCUGUAUUACAAUGACAAGUUAUUUCUAACUUAACGUUCUCUGUAGUCAUGUCUAUGCCCUUUUUGUAUAGUGAACCGUUCCAGACGAAUCCCGAAUAUGCCAAAAACCUGCAGAUAUCUGACCGGCCAUGUGAUACACAUCUUCAUCCUCAAGUGCAAUUAGUAAACAAACACACACCACACAUAAAUGUGCUAACACUCAACAUACACACUCCUGAUCAGUGAAAUGUUGUAUUUAAUACAUAUUUGUGAUAUUCUAGAACUCUGGGACAUUGUCAUUUUGUUUGUCUUUGUUAUAUGGAACUCAAACAUUUUACUGCGAGUCUUAUUUUCCAUAUUUGCUGCUGACCUUAUGAAGAUGUUUUAUGAUUAACUGGUUAAACAAAUUAAGUUAAAACACAAUUAUGAAUUUUAAUUGUACAUGUGCGUAGCUACUUUCUACACACGAAUCCUGUUGAGUCAAACCUGUCAUGGACCAAUCAGAAUGGACCAACCGUGCAACCUCACCAUUGGCAGGGAUUUAACACACUGCUUUAUCAUUAAUUCAGACCAAUCACUGCAGUGGCCUGAAGAACGUGUUCUGUGCCUCUACUUUUCCAAAGGCAUACUGGCCGCGUUUCCCGGGCUGACUACAUUACAGAUGCCUGCCAAAUCUCACAAUGCCUGAAGAGCUGUCAUAUCACAUGUCAUAUCACAUCAUAUGAUAUGCAAUCUGAUGCCUGACUGUACAAAUCGAUCGACCACGGGUUGAUGCAAUGUAGUUGGCCUGAAACGUGACCAUACUGUAUGAGAGGGAGAGAGAGUCCCGCAUUCGGCCUACAAUGACCACAUCAAAUCAAAUUGUGUGAAUAAUCAGAGCUGUGUAAAUGGUAACACUAUAAACAAGCUAAAAUGUAAUAAAACAUUUAACAACCCUAAA